UAGUAGUACAAGUUCAAAUGAUAGGUAUAAACUUUGUCCUAAAACGUAUAGUACAAGAUAGUACACAUUACACAAACUAAAACCCACCAACUCCUAUUCUUCUCCUUUUUCACCUUGAUAUUCUCAUCAUUCUAUCACACCUUAUCAUCAUCGAAUCGGAUUGAACAAAAAGGCCCAUACUUGCCCAACGAAUCAACAAAAUACCCAUCUUCUCCAAGAACCCAAAUCGGCAAGAACUCAAAAUCGGAAAGCAAAUAUGAUGCACAUGACCUUUUAUUGGGGUAAAAAAGUAACCCUUUUGUUCGAUUUCUGGAGAACUGAUUCAUGGACUAGCUAUGCAGUUACUUUACUUGCUUGUUUUAUCUUCGCCCUAUUUUAUCAGUACAUGGAAGAUCGUCGUCAACGAUUCAGAAUUAUCUCUGCCAAUUUCAGGAGGAAUUACCCUCCACCGCCGCCGUCUAGCGCUGCCGUAAAUACUCCCCUUCUUUACACUUUCCCGACCGUCGGCGGUAAGUGGAACUCGGCGAGAUUCGCUACGGCGAUCGUUUUUGGGAUCAAUUCGGCAAUUGGGUAUAUGCUUAUGUUGGCUGUUAUGUCAUUCAACGGCGGCGUUUUUGUGGCUAUUGUUCUGGGUUUGGCGAUCGGAUAUUUGCUGUUCAGGAUCGGCGAUGAGGAUGAUGUCAGCGUUGAUAAUCCUUGUGCCUGUGCUUGAUAUGAUAUUAGUUAAUGGGUUUGAUUGUUGUAU